ACUAGGCGUCGCUCUCUGACAGGAAGUGGACUAAACCACCAAAGAUUCCCGGAGAUUUGAUACUGAUUGUCCCGAUGUCACAAAAGCGAUCAGCAAAAGACUAACUAUAAAUAUUUGUUAACAUUUUUUUUUAUCGGAUACUCGAGUCGAUAAUGCUGGAUGGUUACACUCAUGAAGUUCACCAGAGAUAUAUGCAGGCUGUUGGGAAUCGGGAGCGGCACCCAGGAGCAGGAGGAGCAGAUGGACUGUGGUACUUUAACCCCAGAGCCAAGUGAUGAUACCACUCUGUCACAGGAUGCAUUAAACGGAGAGGACGAUUUGAGUGAGGAAGAGAAGGUCAGACGGAAGGCAGAACGACGUAAAGCCAAGAGGAAGCGCCGUCGAAAACGUAAGAAACAGGAGCAGGUGAAGCAAAAUGAGAGCGCCAAACAGGGUGAUGAAGAUGAGGAUGGUGGUGCAGAGUCUGAGCUGGAUGAGAGUGAGUCUGAAGCAGAAGUUGGUGCCGAAGAGGAGCAACAACGACUGCAAAAAGAGGAUAAAAAGGAAGCAAAAUCAGCUGCCUCAUACGGGUACGCUGACACUCCAGUACUGGCUCCCUCAGGAAUCAAAGGACAUCUGAAGUGCCAAGCCAGAUCCACUGAAGAGGAGCCAGAGUGGGAUGUGUGCAGUGCCUUCGUUGCUAAUGCUGCUAGCCAUAUCAGACCCAAAGGAUCAAGUCGCAAGUCCAAAGAAAACAAGGAGAAUGAAGCCAGGAGAGAGACAAAUGGAACUGACAGCAUAACCAAGAAAAGCACAUCACUGACAGAAAAAGGGAUAAAGCUGGUGCAAGAGGGGCAGUAUGCACAAGCAGUUAGUAUGUUUACAGAAGCCAUCAAAUGUGAUCCAAAGGAUAACAGGUUCUUUGGGAAUCGUUCCUAUUGCUUUUACUGCUUGGAGCAGUACCCUCAAGCUCUGGCAGAUGCUGAACGCUCCAUUCAUUUAGCCCCAGACUGGCCGAAAGGAUACUUUCGCAAGGGCAGUGCUCUUAUGGGCAUGAAGCGAUACAGUGAAGCAGAGAAGGCCAUGGAGCAGGUGCUGAAGCUGGACAAAGACUGUGAGGAGGCUGUCACUGACCUCUUCAACUGUAAAGUGCUGCAGUUAAUGGAGCUUGGUUUUGAAGAACUGCAAAGUGUCCAGCUGCUGGAGAAAUAUUCAACUGUGCAGGCUGUUCUGGCAGCUUGCUCUGAUGCUGCCAGGACUGGGAGCCAAGAUCCAUCAGUUGUACAACCAGGAAGUCCUUGCCCAUCUCUGUGGGUAGGAAAUGUGACAACUGAGCUAACUGAGAAACACUUAUGGGACCUUUUUAAAAUGUACGGUGAGAUAGAGAGCAUCCGUGUGCUGCACGAGAGAUUCUGUGCCUUUGUUAACUUCAAAAAUGCAGACAUGGCAGCUCACGCCAUGGAGAAACUAAAUGGUUAUUGUGUUGAGAACACGCGUUUAGUGGUGCGCUAUCCUGACCGUCGUACUCAGAGGGUCCCUCCCAUUUUACUUAAGAGCUGUCCACCUGUUAGCCAGCAGGCAGGGGCAGCUGCUGGACCUCGACGACGCGGCCCGGUGAACGGAGAUGAGUGUUACUUCUGGAGAACUACCGGCUGCCAUUUUGGGGACAAAUGUCGCUACAAACACAUUCCUGAACAGAAAGGCAAGGACAGGAAGCCAUGGCAGCCUUGACCUCAGUGUGCAGGAAGCUGGGAUGCACAGACUGAGCCAAAGAAGCCUGUACUUACUGGACCAGGUUCUCUGGCAGAAUUACUGUGGCAGAAGGGACGAGAGUAGUCAAAGGAUCUGAGCCAUUAGUCAGGCUUUAAUGCUGGGAUAGUCACAUGUGCCACAAAGGACUGGGAGUAUGAAGCUUUUUAUUUUCAUCCGAAGACUAUACUGAAUGAUAUUGUACAACAUUAACCAGAAGGGAGCAACAAAGUCACCUGGUGUAUGUGUAUUCUUUGUGUUGGAUGAAAAUCUUAAUAUUUGCAGCCCCUCAUGACACAUGGUGACUUGUCUCCUAACCUCCCAGGCCUUCACCAUAAGGAGGAAGUGAAACUGCCUUGGUUCACAGUUGGGGGGGGGG